CUGCUAUGAUAUUACAACCACCGACAAGAGUUUAGCAGGCACCUACUAGUGAGACUGAUUGUAUGGUUAAAGAAUCUAAUACGGACUUCAACAGAAGUGGUAGCACUAGUCCGAAAUCUACUCCACACCCCAGUGAAGAGUUGGUUGCCGUCGAACCAAACCAGACUGGCACACCCAGCUGUGUUGGCCAAACGGAACCAACUGGCGUCAUUGUGGGUGCCAACAGCUAUCAGUCUCAAGCAAAGACCAUCGAUAAUGUUAGCGAAACUAAUGACGGUGGCAUUCGAUUGUUCAAAGUAAGUGAUUAUUAUAGUGUGGAGAAGUUCAACCGAUUGCUAGAUAAAUUAGAUAAGGGUCAUUUUUUAAUUAAAUCGAACUUUAAGAAAUCUUACUCGCUAAUUCUGACUAAGUCGAAUAGCAGAGGAGUAAACGCAGAGCGCAGGUCGUCCGUUGUGUCUCCAACCAAAGAUUGUAACAAUGAUAGUAAUAAUAAUGAAAGCAUACAAGUCAUUGCGGAAGUUACUAAUGACAAAGGAAGUGCUGUGGGAAUGAAGCGGGGAAAUUUAAUUAAGGCUAACUCUAGCACUGGCAUCUACCACUCGAUUGGAAAGAGACCGGAAAGCAAACGGAAGCUGUCCAUGACACAUGAUUUGAAUUCCAUCAGCGCUACCGGAAAGCAGUUCCCAUCCAAACUGGCUGACAUUGACGGGGUUAGCAUUAAACAAGCGGAAACGUUCAAUAAAUACAAUAGCAAAAGUUUAUCAUUGCCAUACUGUAAUGAAGGUGGUAAAGAUAACAAUAAUGAUAGCGAUGAGUUUUGCCGGUCGGAAAUAUUCGAUAACGACUCGAUAAUCCCAGAGGGACGAGUGGAGUUUGUUGCAAAUGAUCAAAGUGAGGCGUUGGAAGAGCGGGAGAAAUCCAGUCCAAAUCGUGCAAGGGGAGUGGAAAACAAUUAUGAAAACAUACAUCGAUACAGCAGCAAUACUGUAAGCCACUAUUCCACGAGGCAAAUUCGAAGGAAAUCCAAUAUCUCGCGUAGCAAUCGUCGUCAAGAGGGCAAUAACAGUCAGGCAAGCCUAUCGAAAGAGGAACAUGGAAUUGUGAGUACUAGCAGCAGUAACAGCAACGAAGCAAGAAGUAAAAGUGCCAUACCUACACGCUUUUUCAAACGACAGGACUAUGCUCAACCGGAGCUUGAUUUCCCCUCGGAUUAUUCCGAGCCUGGUUGUGAAAAGCGGACAGUUUGCAAACGUGGACCAAAACUAAGCUCCGAUUUGUUCCGGUUUCCAUUUGCCUCUCGUAAGAAGUCGGAAAAGAUACCCCAGUUGAAGAAUAUAAAUCUUAAUUUCCCCAAUAAAACUACUGGCUUUGAGGACCAAGAGCCAUCGCAUUUGAUGCUGGUUGCACCGCAAUGGCAAAAGAGUGAACGGAAAUAUUUCACCAGAGCCAGAACACAAAUCAUCAAACUCGGUCAAAGGUGUAAACUCUUUGGCGGUGCCAAAGUUAAACGAAAUCGGCACAUCAGUUCCUACAAUUUGGAUGACCUAAUAAAAGCCACUCACAAGUACGAGGAAAACGAAAGAACUAGUUUAAACAACAAAACUGUAUAUAAGAGCUACAAGUCUGAACUAGAUUUAACGAAAAAUCUUACAUAUUUGGACACGUUCCUGAAAGAAACAUUCGACAACGAACAGCAAGAGCCAAUAUUGCGAGUUGCUACGCAGAGACCAGCACGCCGCGGGCAUAAACGGGCAAAAUCAUGUUCCAAAACUCUUGACCAGAUGUUGAUGACAGCAGCAACCACAACCACACCAGUGCUGAUGCCGCAGACAACCAAUAACGCACGAACACUGCAGAACCUUAUACUGCUGGAUGAAACGUGGGGUACGGGGAAUAAAAAAGUUAAAAGUGAGCAGGUUAAAAAUAACACCAUACCAUCAUCUACGACUGCCAGCAGCACUAAUAAAAUAAAAUUAGCUAGUCUUAUCAAAAUGGAAAAUGACUUCAACUUGGUUAGCGCAAACGAGGACGCGUUCGACGACGGUCGCCCCACGAUAGGCGAACGGAGUGCCAAGAGUAAUACCACUUCAAGCUCACUGAGCAGCAGUGACUACGCUUCCGUUUACAGUGCACCUUCUUCCAGCGCCGGUGGCAAUAGCUCAAGUGGCAAUAAAAUGCAAAAAUUGAAACUGAUUUGUACGCCAGAGGAAACCCUCCGCUGUUACCAGCAAGAUGCUGUCGAGUACUCUUCAAGGCGUCACUCAAAAAGCAAAGUCUACACCGGAACCGAGGCAAAUGAAGGCACUCAGAACCUGUUGCCUCCGUUGUUAGAUGAUAGCAGCCACUUUUCGCUGCACGCUGCCAAUAAUCCCCACCCAAACAACAACCCGAUCGCCAUCGAAAAUCAGGACCAAGAACUGUACCAAAAAGACUUUCAUAACGCUUCCACCCUCAAGCUGUCGCGGCCGACUAGAACUGGAGAAUCUUUCCGCAGGAGUUUUUAUCCUGAUUUAUCUUCUCGCCAACAGACUGCCAGCAUACGUGAACAGCGGUUGAUUCACAAGCAGCAGAACAAUCAUCAUUGUCAUCGUCAACGCCACCAACGUCAGCACCAACAUCAACGGCAGUCACCACUUGACGUUGAUUUAACAUAUCAAGAGGAUUAUCUGGAGCACUAUCAAAACACAAGGGUAGCAGCACUAGUGGGACUCGACACGGUACUAUCGCUCAGCUGUGGAGCAAGUUCGACUGCCAGCGAUAGCAAUGGCGGUUCUUCAUUGGAAUACUAUCGAAACCCCUCAUAUCACUAUACAAAGACGGUCAUCGACAACGGUUCAUUCAGAAGCAACAUUUCUACUAAUGAACAACACACUGAUGGUGCUGAUGAUGAUGAUGAUGAUGAUGAAGAUGACACUGACGACGACGACGAAGUUGACGAUGAUGAUGAUAUUAAUGACGAUGCCACUGUCAGGGAUGUAGGCUUUUUUAAAGCCGGCGAUUACUGUAACGCUGACAAUAAUGAUGAUGCUAGAGUCAAAGAGCGUCGCGAAAUUACGCAAGACAUCGUUGGCAGCCAGGAUGGCAACGAGUUGGGACUGAUGGCGGCUCGAAGCCGGGCGCACAGCUUUACCAACAAUUUCAAUCACAAGGAUUUACUGACAAGCACCCGCUCAUUCAGCCGCACCAGUGUUAAGCUCUCCCAGGCGGCGGGCGGAAAUGCUAAUCCGGGCUUCUUUGGAAGCUACGGCCCGCACCGAGUAAUCGUCUCUAAAUCGCGCAAAGAGCGCGGGGAACUGGUGCUCGAGUACGAGUGUUAGCAGGACCGUACAUUUUCACGAGCUAUCACGUAUAGCAUACAAUGCAAACAUAUCGGCGGCGCGAAGAUCUACUUUUGGCACUACUCAGUGCUACCGAAGUGUUUCCUCUAGUAUGGUGCAAUUUUGUAUCACAUUUUGCAUUUGGUUUUGGUCCUCUGACUAAGACAACGGAGACGAAAAUCGAUUUUAACAUGUGGAACACUAUGUGGUAACGACAAUAAAUAGGAAAUAGGUAAAAUUGACUGUAACAUCAUAAAUAAAAUAGACAGAAACGUUUUAGUUGGUAAGAGAAUCAUUCCAAAGAGAAUAGGAUCCCGCAGUUGAUUAAUGAAUGUGUACGUUUGUAAAUAAACUCAUCGGAUGUAUCUAUGUUAAGGCGCCGGAAGCAGUUGCAGUUUGUUUAAGAUGUAAAUUUUAUAUCGUUACGACGAAGUUUGUUUGUAAAGUUUAAUUAAUUACUCUGCUCUAACAUGAGGGAAAGCAUACUGCUGCAACCGCUGCUAAACGAUCAGCUUCAGCUUUUACGGCGGACCAUACACUGACCAGGAAAACUCAAUUUUAUCUUUCGCUAAAGAACGUCAACAGCAUAAUGAAUCGGUCGUCAUUCUUGCACAAAUUUCUGUGGUGCUGCUUUUGAGAAGAAAAAAAACUUUCUAUUUACAAUGAAAAUCUUGACUGAACCAUCCAUAGUAACCAUCAGAAUUGUUUUCAAAGAAUUUAUGAAUUUAGAAAUAGCUCUCCACCAAACCCUAUCCUUUCUCCAAUGAGUAGAAUGGUACGGACAGAUACGUAUUGAAAACAAAUCGUUCAGUUAUUUAACCUUCUUCAAGAACCUUGCUUCAAUCAAAAAUAUUUUGACUUGAUUUGGAUCGCAUCAAGAUAGCAACGAGUUGGAAUGUUUUAUUUUCGAAGCAGAGGGAAUGAUUUACUGUAGGAAUAUCGACUGCUGGAGUUCGAUAUAGAGAUUUGGGAUGAAUACUUGCGCUAUUUCUUUGAAUCUAUUAAUCUCGGCAAAUCGCUGUCUCACUGAAACCUUCUCAGAAGGUAAUGUAUGGUGGAUAGCCUUUUCGGAUGAAAAAUGCAGAAAAAACAUAAUUUCUGUCCCGAACAUCCCAGAUUUAAAUGUUUGCAGAUUUUUUGUUUAUCAUGCAAAGUUGCAUGUGUUUGUUCCUUAGGGGUAACUUUUUAUAAAAAGCGUGCUCCGAAAUUGGAAAAUGUAUUAAAAAACAUAGCUUCAAAAAUACGAAUCGGAUUCAAAUAAAAGUCAUUAGCAUACACAAACUGGAACAUAUGAGUUAUGUCAAUAAUGCAUAAUAUUGAUUGUCUCAAAGCUUCCACUUUGUUGAUUUUUUUUGUAGGAUAACCUAUACUAUUUGAAAGAAUACUCAAGAGUGUUUUAUCUAUACUCGACAGUUCGUUGUCAACACAUACCUGAAUGCAGGUCACAUUUGGACAUGUGAUAUGUAUUCCGAUUUUCAUAUACGUAAUUAUUGUGGAUAUAAAAGACCAAAACUACAUAUUUCUUGCAAACUGUAAAUUGGUCACGUAUUACCAAUUUUUACUCGAGGUUUCAGAGUCAGAGAACAUGUACAGACAUUUCAUAGCAUCAGAUAUAUAAAUAUUUGUGUAUGAAUUGAUUUGGGAUCUAAACUACUCCGUAUUCAAUGAAUUCGGAGACAUUUUCAAAAGUUCAUUAUGAAAUGUACAUUUCACACAUUUAAUGUCUAAGUAUUUUUUAUUGAAAGUACUUUUUAUAGCGAGCAGCUACAGCAGAUGUUUGGAAUAAUCCCUUCUUUAGUUAGCUCCACUAACUUCGAAUGGUUUUCGAAGCUGGCGUAAACGGCACGCACGACCGUUAUGGGUAUUUCAUCCCAGCUUUAAACUAUCCAAGUUAGACAUCAUGUAGCACCAGACGAAAAAGUCCAUUGAGUUCUAAGAUCUAAGGAUGACACUUGGCGGCCAUUUGUUUUUAUUCAGCCAAUGCUAAUAAUGGUCAACUCCGAAAAGUUUUCGAAGACUCAAAGCAUCAAUUCUCUCCAAAACUUCCGUUUAUAAUUAACAGCAUUAAUUUUGACUCAAAAUCAAAGCCUUGAUGCUAUAUUCUGAUUUGGAACUCGAUCUUCUGUUCUGUAUACACGGGUUUCGCAGCCAACUGUUUUAGUGUACAGAACAAUUGCGGGACUAGCGCUACUAUCCUAUUCAUAAUAACACUCUCUCCCGAGCCGAGGCUAGGAAAUACAACGACACGCUUAUUAGUCCAGCAUCGUACCUCAAGUUCAGCUGGGAGUGACUAUGAAGCCUUCAUCGCUAAAAACCAGUGGAAGCUUACCUCGCUUGCAAACUGCUCCCUCAAAAUAUCACUGAAGCUGCGCUCUAAAUUCGAGCAACACGCCUUCCAGAAUCUGAAAUAUUGUCUCUUGCUGCUGCCCACAACCGAUAAUUUUGUAGCUGCCCCAGCACAAAAAGUUUUUAUCAGAACAAAUGAACUUGUGACCAGUGUGCCUCCUUUUCUGAGAGGACUCGGCAACGCCGUGAACUAUACGCCACUUAUAGGCCUUACAUCCAUCUGGAUAUAAAUCCCUAACCUGGCAAUCAGGCUGACGAUAAAAACGGCCCCCGAGCUGUUUCGGGCAGUCAUGCAGAGCAGCCUGGAUGACUGCAUCUUCACGGAGAGGUGCUAGCGGCAGAGAGUGGUCUUACUGCCGAAGGCUGGGAAAUCACCAGAGGACCCAUCGGCAUACAGGCCUAUCUGCCUGCUGGAUACUGCGAGCAAACCAGUUCGAUUUCCGGAAGGGCAGGUCCACGCCGGAUGCUAUCCUAUCCGUCACCAAGACGGCGAAGGUAGCACACCAGCGCAAGAGAAGGGGCAUACGCUAUAGCGCAAUCGUCACGCUUGACUUAAAGAAUGCGUACAAUAGCACCAGUUGGGACUCCCUAGCGCUUACGCUCUGGAACAUCCUGGCUUCAACGGCUAUUGCCAAAGCAUCUCAAAUGAUGUCGACGUAAACUUCUUGCCAGUUUGGUUUCGUCCAUACUCAGGUAUGAGGGCCCAGUGUGGUCCAAAGCGCUAGGUACUUACAGUUAUUAUGGUAAACUAGAAACUACAGGCUCAUGUGUCUGAGGAUUGCGAGUGCGUUUCGUAUAGUGUCAUACGAUGCAAUCUGCGUCCUGUACGGCUAUCAGCAUAGCCAUUUGGGAGGACGUAGAAUGCUUCGACUAACGUGACCAAAGGAGCAUAUGAGGUACAAGAAGAUCAUUCUCGAUGACGCACCGACUUAUCCCGAUGGUAUCCGGAUGGGUCGUGAGGCGCCAUGGAGAAGUUAACUUCCACCUGCACAGAUUAUGUCAGGCCAUGGCUGCUGCAGGCAGUAUCUACACAGGUUCGGGCAUGUGGGGUUCCCCAUGUGCCUCGAGUGCGUGGAUGCGGAAGAGACUGCUGAGCAUGUCUUUUUCGUAUGUCCUCGUUUCGAGCAUGCGCGGAGUGACAUGAUGGUAGUGAGCGGGCCAGACACUACUCUGGACAACCUAAUUCGGAGGAUGUGAGAAGACCCGAACAUCUGGAGGACGGUUUGUACAGCCGCCUCUCAAAAAGUCUUCGAGUUGCAAAGCAGGCGACAGGUUGACCACUGACACGCCUAUGUUAGCUAACUACCAGUCUCCAGGUUAGUUAGCUAAUAAGCUAGGAGACUUGAUAGAGCCAGGAGAUUGCACAAAGCAUAAAAGCCGCUCUCUGAAGCAAUACCUAGCGGUCGUCCCGGGGAGUAUUAUGAACUGGAGACAGGAGGGUUUUUAGUGGGUAAAACUCCACACUACCUGAAGUUGGUCUCUCAGGUGUUUGGCAGCAAAUUUUCUUUCUACCUGAAAUAAAAGAAGGCCUUACAUCCACGGUUAGUGACCGACAGAUUGUGGAAAGUUCCAAUAGAUAUAUUAAAUAGGCGACAAGUUUUCGAACUAAAGGUUGCCUUUUCGCCGGAUAGUUGCCUUUUCGCCAAGCAGAUCUUCUACGGUCCUCUACAUAGGAUGUCUGCUUGUACCUUUGAUGAUUUUAUAAAUAAAAUCUUGCUCAACCCCUCACGAUUUCCAACGUUCGAGCAUUGUGCAAAAGUGGACCCCGGCAGAACCGCUUUACUACGACUUCCCAAAAUUGCUAGAUCGCACAUCAAAACAAAACACAACUGACAAAGAGCCAACACCAUGCACAUUUUCAAGUAUCUACAUACAAAGGGUAAGAACACUCUCAAAUACUCUCAUAUGAUAUACGAAAGGUCAAAAAACGUCACAGACACUCGAUAACUUGUAUUCGAUUAUAUUGAACACGAUGUAUUGAUAAUUUUUGAAAAAAAAAACUACUAUAAUGAAAGCAUCCAAAAGUUUAUGCAUGCACAAACUCAUAUGGUUCUGGCAUGGCUAGAGGCUUGAAUGUUAAUAUUUCUCUUUUGAAUCGUAAAUCAAAUUUAUGAUUUCCAUAGGAACUCCUUAUGACGGUACGUGGAAAGAAGUUCUUUUUGGAGUACGUUAGACAUUUUUCCUGGUGUACAACUUUGUCUUUAUCGCGGUUAAUGUUAACUUGUUUUCAAGUUACGAAAUUUGGAAUUUUCAUUUCAAUUUCUAAAAAAAACUAAAAAGGUACUAUCGAAUAAAAAAUAUAUACUAUAAACCAACAAAACAACAACAUUUCAUUCAAAUCUGACACAAUUCAAUGUACUCGAAUGAGAUUAUAAAUAUAUCAAUUCACCUUUUAACCGUUGUCAAAAUUGAAGGUCAAUGAUUGAUCUCAGCUAUAACUUACGAAACGGAUAGAUGUUAUUCUGGUCAAUGCAAAGGUCCGUCAACUAGGAUUGCCAGGCAAACUCGCAGGAAAAAAUGAUGUCAAUCAAUUAGUAGCCUUUAGCUGUCAUAGCUCGAAGCCAUCGCGAAUCAAUCAGUCAGUUGUUAGCAGGAUUCCAAUCGCAAAGCGUCAUUUUCUCCAGGUCAGGAAAAAUACUCUAAUACUUAAGGAAAGCCCAUAAAUGCGAUGAAAAGGUCAUUAAUCAACAAACCGCACGGACUCGCAACAGCAAAUAAAAUAGCCUGAACUCGGUUGUGGAGCAAGCGAUAUUCAUCUGCCACUGGCUUUUAUUUGCUCAACCAAAAUUUAAGAUGGCUAAUUCCGAGCGGGUGUUUCAUGCUACUUAAACAGCUUGUUUCCGCUGAGCAGGAAAAAAAACUAAAGAAAAAAUUCAAAAGGAUGCGCACAAACACGUACAUAUCUGAAGCAAUAAAAAAUAAACGAGCAAGGAUAGCAGCUACAGAAUGCCAUUAGCCUCGUCUGAGUAACAUUAAAUUGAAUAAUUUCUCGGUGUUCCGCCCGCAAUACACGUUGGGAGAAGAGCGUGCGUCCUGGAAAUUAGGUACGCGCCUUGUAAAUUAUCUGAAGAAUUGUCAAAUUAACACGAAUGUUGAGCUUCCAAUACUUAAGAAUUAGAUUUCAUUAAUGUUAAGUUUGUGGGCAGAUAAUUUAAACACGAAUCUGUUGAACGAAACCAAUCAUUUCCACUAUCUAUAAUCACCUACUUAGAACAGCACCUCCUAAAUUUUAUUAACAAAUUACAUUGGUGAUAGUUGAAAAAAUUGCAAUUUUAAUUACGAUGGCGAACAGAUUUCAGAUUGUAGUUUAUUUAAUUGAAUGUUAUAAAGAAUGUAUCAGGUUUUAAAAUGAUUGUAUAAGCAAGAGCUCGUACAUUUAAUUUAUUUUCGUAUGAUUUAGUUAGUAAUAUAAUUUGAUAGUUCCCUCUCAACCCGGCACAUCACAUUUUAUAAUGUUUGAAAAAGCAGAACGAAACAAAUCAACCAAUUCAACUUAACGCAUCUCACCUUCUGAAUGUGAACCAUUUUCGCUGACCUCUGAUAGGGUAAAACCACUUGCUAACCCAUCCAUUCACAUCUACUAACCAUCUAAGCAAUCGGUUACUACCGAUUUAUUUAGUGUCGUACACCUAUAAGAGUUCAAUGCUAUGCAAUCAUACUAAUAAAGGAAAAGCAAAAUGGUUUUCGUUUUGAGUGUUUUUAUUUUAUUUUUAUCAUUUCCAUUCCUCGUUUUCACGUUUUAUGCAACAAUAUUUCCGGUUUUUCACCUUGCUACCAAUUUUCCCAACACCCGCAACUGCAUCUUAUGCCCACAUUUCCACCAUCACCCUUCUUGGUUAUGCUAUGAAAUCGAUCAAUUUUUUAUUCCCUUAACUCCCGUCUGCUCUCUAUCAUGCAAACCUCUGUGGACUUCUAUACAAAUCCGAUACUGGAUUUCAUCUUGCUAGACCGAUUUCUUUUUUUCGCAUUUAUGUUUUACCGGAUUUCACGUGUGUUGUGUCACCAUUUUCACGUUUGUUCAUUUUCGUGCAGCAUUCCUAGUAGCAAGCGUGCUGGUUGUGCAACCGAGGAGUAUCUUAUUUUAAGUUUAUACUGUAUUCUUCCUCCUUACCAUCGUCUUUCGGCAUUACCUUUAAUACACCCUCACAUUCACUUCCCGCUGUCGAUCCCGUUACCAGCCUCUGUCGAGCAAAUUUCCAUUUUAACGUCGAGAAACAGAAAACAUAGCUGCUGCAUAGGCCAGACAAACUUCACUCGUCGAAUACUUUACCACCAUAUAAACAAGUUUUUCUCCACCCAACAACUUACGCAUUCUCUCUAACGUUGAGAAGCGUUGCUUUAAGACACAAGCAUUCACAUCGGUACGGAAACGGCAAAAGUUUUGCCUAACAAUCCGCGAAGUCCAUACUGUAUAGACCAAACAACGGAAGGCACUGCUGGAAACGUUUCAUCGGAAAUUUCUAUAACAGCGAGUUUCCUAGAAUACCGACAAGAUGUUGUUAUUGUUUGUUGGUAAAUCAUCACCGUCGUAGUUAUAUUUCUGAUGAUGCACUUGUACUGCAAUUUAACGCAAUCAGUAAAUUUGCUAAUUUUUUUUUAAAUUAAAUUGAAAUAGAGAUAGUAAUUCAUCGAUUCUCAAGUCGGGGUUUGAGAACACCUGAUCAAGUUUGUAAUUCAUCAAGUUUGUUAGUGUAUUUAAAAAAUAAUUAAUUUUUAAACUGUUUAUUUGAUUUUUCUUCAAUUUUCAAUAUAUCAAAUAAAAAGGUAUAUUAAUGCUAAUUCUGAUACUUACCUGUCAUAAUGUUCUUCCUUAUGAUACACUUAUCACGCGAAUCGUUUGUAUCUCGAAAAAGAGUAUGCACCAGAUACAUACCACGCAAGAAUUAGCAAUUAAUCAUCGCAAGAAUUUGUUCACCAGGAAAUAUUUCUUUUAUAAACGACGUCUAAAUAGGUUUCAAAACGACUAUUAAAAAUAUAAAAGACGUCCGGGUCGGGAAUUACCCGCAUUGAUAAAAAAAAACAAGCGACAGGGAACCAGUUUGUUCACAAACAGAUACCUACAACACAUUGCUUCUCUAAUAAAAAUGAGUUAACCUCGCACCUACGCGAUUGUCAGACGUGAAAAAAGAAGGUAAUCUGGGCUAAUGAAGACGAUCCAGCCUCUAUGGAAAAUGAAACACUGGGCAACUUAUGUUUGGAAAUCAUAAUCAAAUUUUAUAUGGAACAAGUACUUCAGGAUUCGUAAAAUUUUAUGUUCUGAUUAUUUGAAUAUCUAGUUUCGAACAAAAUGAACAACUUUUCGACUAAAGAAAUGAUCAAAUUAUAUAAGUUGCAUAACAAUUCGAAUUUAAUAAAAAUAAAAUUUAAUUGCAUGCAUCAACUAAUGCUCAAAAUUGAACUCAUAACCACAAAACUUUUGGCAUAUGAAGAAAAAACAAAAGAAUAUGACAAAAUGUGGAGCUCAGAUCAUUUAUAAAUAGGAAAUUUUUGACUGCGUGUAUUUUUUGACUUUUCUUUCAACUUUCCAAGAACAAAAAGAAAAUAAUGAUGAAAAAUCAUUGACCGACUUUUUGAAGCAAUUCUCACUUUACUAUUGAUAUCGUUCAUCGGUAGGCACACACCUUAUUUAGUUACGCUCUUUUCUAACCGGUUCAUCUAACCAAUACUGUUCCUCUUCAACCAACUUCCGCUUCAUCACUGCCUAAUAUUUGACUAUUGAACGGAGUUGGGCAUAAUUUAAAAGGUUCUUUUGAAAUAAGGACACAAUUGUCAUUGUACCGUUGUAGCACACCCUUGCUGUAAUGGUAGCGGGUUAGAUCUGGCCAAAGCAUAAUUGGAUCAUCAUGAGACUUAAUGAAGGGUAAAAUCCAUUUGCUGAGGCGGCAGUCCGAAUACAUGCUCUUAUCCGUCACAAAAACACUGAUUCUCUUGCUGCAGGAACACAUCCAUUGUCGAACCCUGAUUUUCUAGUGAAUUUUUUUGGGGAAACAAUCUUGAAUCGGUUUACGAUCAAGUGUUUUACGCUUGAUUUGCAAUUUUGCGGACAGUCGUGAGUGUUUUCUUUACUUUUCAACCACUCACAACACAGUACUUUCACAAUUUAUGAAGUAAUUGUGGUUGGUUUUUCUCUCCUCAUCCUGCAUGAUGAAUAUCUCGGAACCACGUUAGCUUCGAACUGCAAGAUACGAUUGGCUGCUUACUUACAACAACAACACUAUGGAAAAUUUGCAUUUUCGAACGCUGAGAGCGUACGCCGCCUUACAGUCUAUAAACAGAUGGUGUGUCUGCAAGCUGUAUUCUCAAAACUUGUUGGAGAUCUAGGUGAACAUCUGAUUCGUUAUAGAUUGUCCCGCUCGAAAACCGCACUGGUAUAUACCAACAAAGGCUUCAUGCAUCAGCUUCAGUCUAUGGAACGGAAUGCGGAAGAGAACUGGAUAUGCGGAAAUGAGGAGAGUUAUACCUUGACAGUUGCUACAGUCGAUUCUAUGUCCCUUCUUAUUGAUAAGGCAUAUGAGUUCUUCCAACCAGUCCGUAGGUAUUUGUUACUCAGACCAUACCCUAAGGAUAAUGUGGUUAAUUGCACUACACAACCGCUCGUUCCCGACUCUGAAAAGUUCAGCCGGUAAGCCGUUCUUCCCAGCGGCUUUGUGGUUUUUCAGCUCUUUGCAAGUAUUCUUCACCUCCACUGCUUGUCCGCCCGCCCCAGUUUCUAUUUGGUUUCCCUCAACGACCCCCCUACCUUCCUCACCGUUCAACACCACUUCAAAAUGUUGCUUACAACGCCUGGCCUGGUAUUUCUCCCGCAUCUGACGCGUCACACGAUUAGCUGCUACUAACGUGUUGGCGUAGGCCCGGUUCUUCUCUUCCAUCACCUCUAGACACUCAGCACUGAACCACCCACUACGCGUAGCUCCCAUUGUCAUGCCUAUCACUGCUCGCGCUGUUUCGCUGACCUCAUCAUGCAUGUGCUUCCACUGCUCGUUCAGGUCCACGCCAGCUAGUUUAACGAUCCGUCUAACGAGUAUACUCUGCAGCAACUCCUUUCGCUGAUAACCUCUGGAAGUCCAGACGUAUUUUCCACGCCAAUCUGGAUUUAAUUACGUUGGACUGUCGGGCGCGAAUCCUACCUACCACGAGAUAGUGAUCCGAGUCGAUGUUUUGCCCUCGAAAGGAUCGCACAUCUAUGAUUUCUGAAAAUUGCCGGCCAUUGAUCAGCAUGUGGUCGAUCUGGGAGCAGGCCUCUCCAUUGGGGUGUCUCCAGAUGUGCUUUCGAAUGUUCAGACAUGCAAAAUGGGUACUCACGCAAAAGGUGGACUGUGCGUAACCACAUCAAUAUUGCGUUUUUCUAGAGCAAUUUCUGUACUGUUUUGGAACCAGUACAACGGAUGUGUGUUGUUCAUAACGCUUUUGGUGCUCUAGCGAAUGUUCAAUGUAUUGGAAGGCUCAAAAUCAAAACACUUUUGAAGUAUUAACCUGUGCUAGUCUUGCCAUGAUGAUUCGUACUGGUAUUGGUAAUAUUUUCCAGAAUGCUGCUAUCGUUAAAGCAGUGCAAGCAGUUAUCAAUACUGAUGAUUUUGGUACUGACAAGGUUAACGCAUAUAUUAACUGAUCGAUUCACUAUCAUGAAUCCGGUCAUUCAAAAACAUCAUCGAAUCAAUAACAAUUAAAAAGACAUUGGAUUUGUUCCAAACAUUUUGCAUUUAACGACGAUUCUGGUUUUAUUCAUAUGCAUUCGGUUCCACGUUACUGGCACCAGCGUCAGUAAAUUCUGUUGCGACGAGUCUCGCUGUUGGCUGUCGCGGUUGCUGACGGUGAUUAGGGAUGCACGAGCUUUUGAUACGCACCGACUCGCGAAAGUUACCAACGGUUUUUUGAGCGCCCCAAAACUGAUCGUUUGCCCAAAACCAAAGUCUACCGAAAUCCUACGAUAUUGUGUGUAUCAUACAUAUUCUGGUUUCAAUCUAUGUCAAUGUAUUCAUUACGCAAUUGUUGCGUUAUCCUUUAGACAUGUUUGUUGUGUUAAUGCCAGAGCAUUUAAUGUGCGUUUUGAGAGGACACAACGGAUGAUGUAAGCUUGAACUUUUGCGUGUACAGAUGGCCAUUCUCCUGGCCGCGUCGCAGUUCUCUAACUUCAAGCCGUUGUGGUUGGUGGUAGAGUGAAGGCUUUCCCUACCGAAAGAACUCCUCUCGUCUGACUUGUGCUUUCAUAUCUCCGAUGGCGAUCUUUAUGUCAUGUUCUGGACACUCUCCACACGUUUUCUUAAGGAACUCGUAGAAUUCUUCCUUUACGUCGUCAAUUUUACCGCUUACCGGUACGUACACGUUGAUAAAGCUGUAUUUGAAGAAUCUGCCGUUGAUCCUCAAUACGCAUAGACGGUCAUUAAUGGGCCCCCACCUAAUGACAGGCCGCUUUAUUUGAUUCCCUAAUAGCACGAAACCGACAACGGGGUGCUCUGUCGCCGCCACUAUAGGGGAUGUAAUACUUGAAGGCAGGCUUGUUUUUUCUCCACAGAAAAUCUCUAGAGUUCAGGAGAAUAUCUUGCACUGCGGAGACAACUGCUCUCACAACAAAGAGCAAAUCAACGUACAUGCUAGAAGAGAACGACGGACGAUUUUUAUCUGACGAGCUUCCAGACAGCACCGCGGUGGAAUCUGAAAUCUCUCUCUUGCGAGACAAUGAACUGUAGUGUACUUUCUCACACGUAUGGACCAUACGCACAAUAAUUACACAGCAGAGCUAUCUGCGCUGCUUUUUACAGUUUGUUUCUCGAGCAUGGCAGAAGAGGAAAAGAGAUUGGGAAAAAAGACUGCGUUGCUCGUGCCGGUCGAGUUUACUUGUAUCGAAUUCGUUUUCACGGUAGGCUUACACUUUUUUCCGGUAGGUUUUUUUCACUUUCCGGACUGAGGUAUACUUCCGCGUAUUCUCUUUAGAGGGAUCACCAUUCUUGUUUCUAUCAGAUGUGGGGUGAGCUGGAAGUGUGUUUGUCUCUCUGGAAGUUGGUUGAGACACUUUAGAGUGGAGAAACAAGCAGUGUGGUGAAAGCAUUGCUACACGCAGGCACAUACUGAAAGGGAACUGCGCGGGGAUUUUUUUCUCCGUUCUUUCCACAUACACAUACAUGCUUGAAGGAAGUGCCCACGGUCGCGUCUACCUCCCGAAAUUCACGGACUCCAAGUUUUGAUGCUAUUUUUACAUUUGCCUUCCUCAACUCUCUGGUUAAGACAUCUGCGCUUGCUGGUUCGAACAGAGUCCUAGCAAGUGCGUCUUGAACUGUCCUACAGAUCAGACGUGUUUUCGGUUGCUUGUGGUCACAUGCUUUAUAUAACGUGCGUGAAAAGCAUAUCACCCAAUGCCGUAUUUGCCAACGUUAUGGCCAUGGUUCUAAGUUCUGUAACAUGGACCAAAAAUGCCUGAUUUGUGGAGACUCUUCUCACAAAAAGGACACAUGUCCUGUGAAGAGAGUAAAAAUUUUCGCUGUGCGAAUUGUAACGGCAACCAUAUGUCAAAUUUUUAUCAAUGCCCAGUCCGUUUAGCAAUUGUUAAGGCAAGACAAGGUAAACAAUAUUCAAUUUCUCAAUUAAAACCAACUUCAAAACAAAAUUCUCCAAGCGUACCAGUGACGCAUAGUUUACCUACUCCUUUGCACACCCGUUUAACAUAUGCACAGGUUACAGGUAGUUCGAACAUUCUACCGCCUAAUGUUGGUAGUUCGAAAAUGACCACUAAUAUGGGUAAGCAAAACACGCUAGAAAAUAAUUGUACACCUAUUACCCCAACUAAUAUUACAACCGAAAAUAUUUUUUCUAAUGUCAACUACCUAGGGCCUAUUACGGCAGGUAAACUUUCUUUUCUGCAACAGGCAAUGUUCGAUCUCAUGAACGCCAUGUUGCAGGCAAAAUCAAUGUUUGAAGCCAUUCAAAUAGAUACCAAUUUUACAAUUAAAAUUGUUUCUAAUAUAAAAUUUAGCAAUGAUUUUAAAUAAACCGAUCAAAAUUUUAAAUUGGAAUGCUCGCUCAUUGAAGGCCAAUGAGAAUGAGCUUUUUAAUUUUUUAACAGUGAAUAAUGUGCAUAUUGCAAUUAUUACUAAAACAUUUUUGAAACCUAACAUGAAAUUAAAAUAUGAUCCCAAUUACGUGGUUCAUAGAUAUGAUAGGAUUCAGGGUUCCGGCGGUGGAGUUGCAAUUGUUGUUCAUCGCCGAAUCAAACAUCGUGCUCUUCCCUAUCUUGAGACGCAAGUUAUUGAAACUUUGGGAAUUGAAGUUCAAACUGAACUUGGGAUUUUAUUUAUUGCCGCAGCAUAUUUACCAUUUCAUUGCGCACGCGAGCACAAAAAUUAUUUUAAAGGUGAUUUACAAAAACUCACCAGAAAUCGUUCGGAAUUUUUUAUAAUCGGCGAUUUUAACGCUAAACAUCGAUCAUGGAAUAAUUCUCAAAGUAAUUCCAACGGAAAAAUUUUAUUCAAUGAUUGUUCUUCAGGAUACUAUUCUAUUUUGACUCCGAAUAGUCCUACAUGCUUUUCUUCUGUAAGAAACCCUUCAACAAUUGAUUUGGUGCUUACAGAUCAAAGUCAUGUAUGUACUGAUUUGAUCACACAUGCUGACUUUGAUUCUGACCAUCUUCCAAUAACUUUUUCUUUAUCACAUGAAUCAGUUUUAAACCCUAUGAGCUCUGUUUUUAAUUAUAACAAGGCUAAUUAGGAAAGAUACAAAACUCAUAUUGAGAGAAAUUUCAAUAAUGUGCUUGAUUUGCAAAACGAAGUGAAUAUUGAUUCCGCUUUGGAAGCAUUAAAAUGGGCAAUUGUUGAUGCCAGGAAUUAUUCUGUUCCAAAGGCUGAAGUGAAAUUUGAUUCACCAAUAAUUGACGAAAAUCUUCAACUUCUAAUUCGUUUGAAAAAUGUCCGCAGACGUCAAUAUCAACGUUCUCGUGACCCUGUUUUUAAAACUAUUUAUAAAGAUUUACAGAAAGAGAUUAAACAUAGAUUAACUCUUCUGAGAAAUCAAAAUUUUGAGACUAAAGUUGAAAAACUGAAACCAUAUUCAAAACCCUUUUGGAAGCUGUCGAAGAUUCUCAAGAAACCUUCAAAGCCUAUUCCAGUUUUAAAAGAUGGUGAACGUUUCUUGUAUCCAAUGAACAAAAGGCUCAAAGACUUGCUCAGCAGUUUGAGAGUGUUCAUAACUCAAAUUUGAAUUUUGUGAGUCCAAUUGAAAAUGAAGUCACACGUCAAUUUGAUUUACUUUCUUCCCAGAAUUUUUUACCUGCAGAAAUAAUUGAAACUACCUUGAAUGAGAUUAAAUCAAUUAUUAAAAAUUUCAAAAAUAUGAAAGCAAUGGAAUUUUUAGUGAAAAUUUUCAAUUGCUGCUUCAAAAUUGCAUAUUUUCCCAAAUUAUGGAAAAACGCAAAAAGCACUCCAAUUUUAAAGCCGGAUAAGAAUCCAGCUGAAGUUUCAAGUUAUCGACCAAUCAGUUUGCUUUCUUCUAUAAGUAAACUGUUUGAGAGAAUUAUUCUUAACAGAAUGAUGUCACACAUCAACGAAAAUUCAAGUUUGGAUUUCGCCAUGGGCAUUCCACAACUCAUCAAUUGCUCAGAGUUACUAAUAUGAUACGAACUAACAAAUCUGAAGGUUAUUCCACUGGAGAAAAAGCAUUCGACAGUGUUUGGCAUAAAGGUUUGAUUGCGAAAUUGCAAACUUUUAAUUUUCCAAUUUUCCUAAUCAAAAUUUUGAAAAAUUAUCUUACUGAUCGAACUCUGCAGGUUGUCUAUCAGAAUUCAAAAUCUGAUAGAUUUCCUGUCAGAGCAGGUGUGCCUCAAGGUUCUGUCUUGGCCACUUCCUGUAUAACAUAUUCACUUCAGAUCUUCCUGAUUUGCCUGCAGGAUGCACAAAGUCAUUGUUCUGCGAUGACACAAGCAUUUCCGUAAAAGGAAAAACCCUUCGUGUCAUAUGCAGUCGAUUGCAGAAAAGUUUAGAUAUUUUUUCUUCCUACUUGCAAAAGUGGGAAAUCUCUCCCAAUGCUUCUAAAACUCAAAUGAUAAUUUUUCCCGCAUAAGCCUAGGGCUUCUUUCCUCAAGCCAAACAAUAAUCACGUUGUCAAGAUGAAUGGGGUUAUUUUAAGUUGGUCUGACAAGGUUAAGUACUAAUUUACGGACUAAUUUACGAUAAAAAACUUAUUCUCAAAGAGCACAUUGAGAGUAUACAAGCCAAGUGCAUCAAAUAUACGAGAUGUUUAUAUCCUCUCAUUAACAGGAAUUCUAAACUUUGUUUAAAGAACAAACUUUUGAUUUACAAACAAAUUUUUAGACCAGCAAUGCUUUAUGCUGUACCGAUCUGGUCAAAUUGCUGUUCAACAAGGAAGAAAACACUCCAAAGGAUUCAGAAUAAAAUUCUGAAAAUGAUUUUGAAGCGUUCUCCUUGGUUUGGUACACUCGAAUUACAUAGACUUACUGGUGUUGAACCAUUAGAAGCUAUGUCAAAAUUAUUAACAAUUUUCGACAAAAAUCGUUGCAAUCCUCAAUUGCUACGAUAAGCUCUCUUUAUAGCCAAUAAGUUAGCAUUUAAGUUAGUUGUAAGUUUACUUUCCUUUCUUGACAAGUAGGUUUAAAUCCCUACGAAUGAUAAGUCCUAAUUGCGAAAGCAAACAAAUCCUAACAAUUAAAAUUACAAAUUAAUAACAGUGUUGAGAAGUCACCGUUUGCGAUUGGACACACAUACUCAUUAUUUACUAAUAUUUAUCAUAAAUACUUAAGCUACUAACAAAUCCCCCUAAAAAAAAAUUCAUAUCGACACCUAUUAUUACGAUUCGUAUUAUUCUUUGGAUUGUUCGUAUUUGCUACCAUCUUGGGUGUAGCUGGCGAGACACCGCAUUUCAUAGUCCAGCUGUCUGCUCCGGAUCAGUCGUUGUUUGAGCCACCCCUGACAUGGGGAACAAGCGCCCGGAUAAGCUACCAACCAAGAAGAAUAUUUCCCCCUUCUAACGGGUGACAACUAAACAUUUGGAAUUUUUUUUCUACUACCAUCGAAAAAGAUGGGUGAACUUAGAGAAAUACUGAUUUAUUACUCAUGAAGAUACAUUCAUUAUGGAUAUGGACUAACAAAAAAUAUUGAAUAUUUGAGGAAGGUCCAUUACCAGCCUUCCAACGAAGCUUUCUCUUGAUGCCGAAACAAGAGCGUUGUACGGCCAUCAAGUCCGAUUUUCAAAUGCAUCUCUUGAUUCUACCAGUCAACUGUUCGCAAUUCGUUGAUCUCCAGUUAUUUUUGCACCAAAGAAACUCAAAAUCUCACAGAAAUCUUCGAUUGAACGACAAUGCGGUAAAUUUGAUGGGUUGCGUAUUUGGGGUACAAAUGGAUUCGAGUUGUUAUUCAGAAACGUAUGUGUUUUUUGACGUGAUGUGAUGAUAUUUUAUCUGGCAUAAACACAUACUUUUCAUCGGCAUGGUGUAUUGGAAGAAAUGGAAUCAUAAUGUUGUUCAAACAUUCGUUCUGGUAUACAUUUUGAUUAAUAGCCAAACCACUAGGCAAUGAUUUAGACAAAAAAGAAAAUAAACCUUUUUAGUCCACUACUCGGGCCGGACUUCUACUACCUUCCUGGCAGAUUAUAGUUGAGGUUUGCAGAAAAUCAUACACAAUAGCAAACGGAAGAUUUUCGCUUCCAAAAUGGUUUACCGUGAACUUUAUGGCAAAACUGUUGUGCAGUUCAUAGCAAACUGUACAAUGCCAUGCGGAAUGCGUCUUGUUUCCACGCCAUUUUGAACUCAACUGGACAUACAUAAACAAAACAAAAAUACAGUAUUUGUCAGUAGUAGAGCUUUUAUAUACAUACUCUCAUUUCUAAUAUCCCAAUCGGUACUACGUAGAGGUAGGGACAGGAGCUGCCUGGUAGUAUGCUCUGGACCACACUUCACCGUGGUCCAGCAGGGCAAAAAUUGAAACUUCAUUGUUUAGUGGCUUUUGCAACCUAUAGUAACAUAUGGUCGCCGUACUCUCAUAUGGUUGAAUAAGCAAAAUCUAUAACAAUUUUUAGUCCUUAAGCUUUAAGAAAACUUCUUAUCAUCGUCCACUUGUCCCUUUCUUACCCCACACGCUCUUAAAGUUAUCGAAAAAAAGCUAAAAUAAAAAGUCCUGAAGAAGUGUGAAAAAACCUGCGUUUUGUAUGCCCCAGCGAUUCUUUAGAACAACGUUUUCUUGCAAAAUGCAACUAACGAAAGUCAAAUUCAUAAAACUUAAGUUUAAGUAACUCUCUUUUAAAUAUUCUAUGAUUUUGUACUCAAUUAAGAUAGGAAUUUUAUUCUCUCUUUCGUCUGAUUUUUCAAAUAAAGCCAACCAGAGAAAUAAGAUGAUGUGAGAUUUUAAGGUUAUUUGGAUGAAUAUAAUAUUGUUAAACAAAAAAUAGACGUCUCAAUAGUAUUAAUAGAGUUUGAAUUUGAUCAAUCACAAUGGGCAUCAAUUUCACAGAGAAUAGAUAGAACUUAUUUAACCAGUGUUUUAGUUGGUGCGCUUCAAGUCGGUUUAUAGUAGUUUUCGCCUACCAAUAUUCACUACCAUCACUCUACUUCGACGGCGUCAUUCUUAAGCUAGAGUUUGUUUUGUUUUUGGCUUAGCUGUAGUUUAUCAGAUACUACAUGCUAGUAGCCUUGUGCUUGUGCUCUUGGCAAAACUAGUCUUAUAUAAUAUAGCACUGAAUUUCAGCAUUUCACCAAUUCUGUGUGUGGGAAGCUUCGGUUGGUCACGUUCUAUUAGGUUACGCUUUCAAAAGCUUCCCACUGGUUUCUUGAAACAUUUUUUUAUCAAUAGUAGCGCACGAUUUCACUUAACGCCAAAUUAAAUUUAUAUAAUAUUUAGAUCCAUUCGAUGGAGCUCCCUGGAAGCAAAAAGUUGUCCGCCUCCUUCGUAUCCGCUUGGUACUUGCGUCUUCGCAUUAUAAUGAAUUUGUUGAACUAGACAGUGAAGCAGGUGUUCAUUUGCACUUUAACUUUCUGUUUAAAAUACGAUUAAUAUUAUCGAAUAUUGUAUAAACAAAAAUAACAAAGGAAAAGUUUAGGCAUUCCUUACAUACGAGGGGUCUUUCCGAAGUGCCGAAGCCUGUUAAUAUCAAAUAUUAAAAAAUUUACGAUCCUGACAAAUACUCACUGUAUUUACAGCACAUAAUUUAAUACAUUUUAUUCGACGACAUAUACGUGCAAUAUCGCUAGGGAACAUUUUUCGUGUGGAUUUACUGUGGGCUGUCCAGAGUUUGUCAACACUACAGCCCCUACGCCGGAAAUACAUGCCAACAUAUACUAGACGUAACAAAAAGUAUCAACUCUUGAGAAAUUCAAUGCAUGGCGAAGUUUGAAUAAAAUUAUGUCUUAACUGCAAUGCUCGUUUGAAGAGCAUUACAGUAUUCUAUGAAUUAUUCAUUUUUAACGGAUAGGAGAACAUUCAACCAGCGCGUGUUGGAAGCUUCUUGAACUGAGACUGUUUAUGACAGGGCGAAUAUUUUCCUAACAGCAACCGCUUUUAAAAAUAACUUCUUUCGAAACCUAAACUAACAUUCCGCCCACAGCGUGCGAUGCUUGAAAAUAUUUAUGAAGGAUGCUGUGUGCACGGUGUGUCGUAUACUUUUGAUCGCCUUGAAAGAUUUGAAAUUUUUAUUAUAUUUCGUGACAGAUGUUAACUGGAAACUGCAGAAUGAACCAGAAUAAAAAAGAAACAACUUAUUGGACACAAACACGUGACAUUCGCGAUUUUUGUUCACAUGAAUGCUUUAAACCGUUGUUGUGCCAGCUAUAUCGAUAUAAGAUAGAAACAUUCGCCGAGCGUAUGUAUGAAGCUAAACCAUAGGCACCUCAUGCAAACAUACUUCCCCCAUUCUGUGAUGGUGGUAUGCUUUAUUUUUUCCUCCAGUAUGUGGUGGCAAACGGAAAGGCACACCAUCGUAUCGGUGGCUUCUGGUGAGAGAAGCCAGCAUCAGAGGAUUCACUCGGUGAGCUUCUGCUAAGACUUAAAUUUAUGACAUCGAGUGUCAGCAUAAAUAAAGCAAGAUUACAACGCGAACGGUUCUCCCCAGCUGGAGCCGUAAAUCCCAAGACUGGUCGCGGUGGGUGCUCUUUUGCGAAUGGCAAAGUGGCUAGCUGCCCAGUCGUUUUCUGAAGGCGGGUGACGACGAGCAUCUGAGUAGAAAGCUUUUCGAUAUGUAGGCUUACUGGACUAGCGCCCGGAAGAAGUCAGCGCGCGUUCGUUAUCCCGGAACCCGAUGAUACGAGUAUUGUCUUACACGGCUGUUGCUGGCAUUUUCCGAGCGAAAAGUGAAUUAACUCUCAGCUCAGUUUCAAGGACGAAAAUCUCGAAUAAAUCACAACUUCGGCUUUGCAUGAUAUGCUCGAGGUAUGUGAAGUAUUUCAUUCGGCUACCACAGGGAGAAUACUAAUGACUGUAUUGGGAAAAGUUUCCCGGCAAAACGGCUUCAUUGGGACAAACAAAGUUUUCCUCAAAGAUUGAAAAUUUAAUAUCUAAUGGGUCUGAUAAGGAAUCGAUUGUUUGACACUUUUAAAAUUUGUUCGAAGUGGAUUAAAAGUUCUCCGCCCUCUGGAAACCAUUCCGGAUCGGAUGCUAUAUCUUCCGAUUAACUGCGUAGGAAAAAGGGAUUUUCGCUCAUCCGCGAGCGAGGUUCGUGCCGGAACGCUGGUGCUUUUUUAAACAAACCUUAGAAAACUUUUCUUCUGCAAAUUUACUAAUCUGGAAUGGUAAUGAAAUCACGACAAACUUUUCUAAUUUAUGAGCCAUCUAUUAAAAUGAUGCGAUGAUAUUUUGUUCUUUCUUUUAAAUUUAAAUAACAAAAUGUUUUUCCACUCAUUCUAGACGUAUCGCAAUAAAGAAUGAUAGAAUGAAAAUUAAUUAUGACUACGAAAAAUGUUUGAGUAGAAAGGUUCAAUUGGAAGUUUUUCAGAACUAUUACGAUAAGGUACUCUAUUACGGUAUUCCGAAAGUAUAUUUAACAUUCACGAUACAGAAUCACCAUGAAACUUUCGGCUUCUGCUCAACUGCUUAGUACUAACUCGGUGUCCAACAUUUGACACUUUUAAAAUUUUUAUUCAUUUUUACAGUUUUCCCACUGCAUGUUAACAGUUGCAGAACCGGAUGCUGUUCAGUGCUGGGAUUAGAAAAGUUUAAAAAUCCCAUUCGGCAAGCACUUUCAUGCUUUAUGCAGGGAGCUGAAAUUUCCAUUAUGAUAAGGUGCAAAAAAAUCCCAUCCAUCACGAUGAAUUCGCUUAUACCCGGUAGUAAUUAGGGAAUGGAAAAAAGUCAAACAAAUCUGAAACAGUUACGAUAAAACAGAAGUUCAACCCAUUAGCGCGGUGUGAGUUAUAAGCGUACCCAAAAACCACACGCUUCAAGUUUCUUUCGAGAACUCGCUCUCAGCAUUAAUUGAUUGAUUGGUGGUGAACACUCUUUAACCAUAGGCAUCACACUUCAGCCCAACUGAUGUUCCCGAGAGUAUUUCGAUCAUCAUCAUCGUCGUUUAUCGAUGCAAUAUGACUAUACACGAUGAGUGUAUAUGAAGCCAGGAGCAUGGGAACAGCAGUCUGUCCAAACCAAUCAGGGAUGGACGGAGAACUGUCUUCUGUUCAGAGAAAAAAAUAUAGAGCUUCCCCUACUGUAACAUGUACACUUGUACAGUGAAAGAGACCAGACCAGAGGUUGAAACUUUUAAUUAGAAAAUUUAGCGUACCACGUCACGCGCUUUGGCGUGCUAUCCGACAGCGUGCCAUAGCUUGAUUGAACAUUCCAGCCAGAAAAAUUUAGUUUGUAUUCACUUUUCCAAUAUGAGUACAUUAAGUCUGCUCCUCUGAAAGCAGAGUUAAGAAUUGGUUUCACAGUUGAAACGAAAGGCACCGCCAUUUGUGGUUGAACAAGAGAGUGUAAAUUAACAAUUAGUGAUUUUUUUAAAAUUAUUUUUUACCCCACAUCAUUGGAACGAAAAACUGUGUUUAAGCAUUGUAGAUAAUGUUUCAGUUUCAGUCAACUAUUGCAUCCACGAACACAUAUAGCAUUGCAUUCGAAAUUCGAUUUUGAAGCAAGGAAAAUUUUAUCAGGGACGAAAAUGUUAAUAAAAGUUAUUUGCGAUGAAAAUAAUUUUACAAAUCAUGCAUAAUCUGCUUAGCUUACUGUGGAACGAUGCUUUCAUAUACGUUGUUCUCGCGUUCAUCUGAAGCAAAUAUUUGAGUUGGAUUCCUUUCAGUCAGUAAUGCAACGAUAAGGCGAAAAUAACAUACAAAGUGCGUUAAUAGUGACUGUUUUUUGAAAGUCUUGAUGUACCGUCCCCGAGCAAUUUAUUCUCUAUAACCGUCGCUCCUACAGUCGUUUUGGCUGUGGCUUGGCCAGUAGUAACUUUAUAACAGUUUAGCCUCCAAUUUGCAAUUACAGAUACUAUUGAGGUACAAAACACUAACUUGCAGAUCAUUUUUAAUGCAUUAAUGUUUCUCGCGAGCUUUUAAAAAGAAGUUGAUUGAUGAUGAACUUUGCUUUUCCGAUCUACAGCAAGAUAUAAACUUUAACAACUUUCGUAUAUGCUCCGAGGCGAGGUACAACUUCCAAUUCAAGUUCCUUUCCCUGUAUUUUUCGUUGAACCAAUUAAGCAAAAAAAAUCUUCUAAAUUCACAUUUUGCGUUCAAUUGUUUUUGUCCUUACUGAAUGUUGCAAUAUACACUUUUUCAAGCCUGUUUCACUUUCUCAUAAUUUUUGUUGAGUGCGAUGAUAAUGGUAAAAAACAAGCAUUUAACAUUAUUUAGUCACGGUUUCGUUUUCAAUGCAGUAUCGAACACAAGCAUUUAUUAAUAAACAUGUUUAUGAUUUCUGUAAAUUGAUGCUGCUACCUUUCCUCUAUUAUUACUGUUAGACUACUGAGUGGAUUUAUUUAAUAGGAAAAAAUAUAUAAAUUUCUAUAUAACUCUUGUCGUAUCAAUUGUAAAAAAGUUUUGCUACCGAAAGGAGUUAAUUUUACAAAGAUUUGAUAUUUUAUACAAUACCAUACGAACGAAUGGUUAUCUUUAUUUAUUAUAAUGGUAUAUAAAUUUAUAUAUAGUUAAAUCAUUCAAGACUGUGAAAAAAAUUAAAGUACACUGCAU